CUUAAUCCAAAUAUUAGUAUUAAGAGCUAUUUCUAUAGUUUAAUUACUCUUAGGAGCUUCAUAAUGGAAUAACUGGGGUAAAAACUAAAAGGGGGUAAAAUCUAGCUACAGUUCGCGGUGAAUCGGCGGUGAUUUGUGGCUGCACCAUCAUGCAUCGUCGUCACGACUCGCGAUGUACCAGCGCGCCGCAUUACAAUUGCGCAAUGCGCAGACUGUAGUCCACACACACGAAUCGAAGGAAUUGAAUUGAGAGCAUCAGUAAGCCAGGGACAGACUGUUGGAAUAUCUUCUCAGUUAACAGUUUUAAUGACAAAAUGGUGCACCCGGUGAUAAUGAUUAUGAGUGUGGGGUCAUUGAUGUCAUCUGUUGUGGUACACACUUCCUUUGCCACUACUAGACCGCUACGUGAUUGUGAGUCAGAAAGCCCAGGAACAUUUGAAACAAACUGUGAUGGGGAAGAGUUCUUAGAUUCAUUACCCUAUUGUGGUAAAGGUCACAAGGUGAACAUCACCUGUGUGACACCAAGUCAGAGUUCAAAGGUAUGUGUUAUUUGUGAGCCUGGCCACUUCCAGGCGUACGACAACCAUUGCGGAAACUGCCACAGUUGCAGUGACUGUGGUAGUUUGAGAACAGUGACCCCUUGCAAUGCUGAGCAGGAUGCGGUAUGUGAGGAUCCAAUGGAUGUUACAGAUUCUGACUCCCGACUGCCGACUGGUCCGUCCACUACUGAAGAAUCUUCUAGUGUCUCUCCUGCUCUCGCUCCUGCAGCCACCACUCCUGGACUUACUCAUGGACCCACUCCCGAAGCUUCCACUCCAGAGGCCACUCUUGAAGUCUCUCCUGGAGUCCCAAAUUCAACUUCUACACUUCCAGCAGUUCUACCUGCUGUGCCAACCAGCAGACCUAACACAGACUUAUCGACUCAAAAUGAAAUUCACAAGGAAGUGAUAGCUCUUGUGUCGGUGGUUAUACUCCUUAUCUCUCUUGUGAUGGCACUGAUUGGGUGUGUGUACUACUAUCGACAAAAAUACAUCAAUGAGAUCAAGAGGAGGGGGACCAGACACAAUGAUCCAGAUAGAGACGUUGAACUCCAGGCCUGCAACGGCACUGACUUCAUUCCAGGGAAUCAAGGCCUUUUGGAAGGUUCUCCACCCUCCACUCCUGCUACUCCCACUGAUAUACCGGAUUGUAGAUAUCAUCGAUUCAACUACCCAGGUGGAGGCGCUGGUGGAGCUGCAGGUGGAGAACAUGACGGCCAGUGCCCUCCAUCUCCUCGUCAGGAGCCAGUGUAUGCUGCUGUUAACAAACGGGGGAAGUCAUCCAAGGCCACAAUGACUGAUGACCUACAAAGACCUUCUACCUCAUCAGGGAACACUAGCAAGAAGAAUGUGGUCUGCAAGACUAUUAGGAAGGUCUGUAAAGGUAACAGUAAGGGUGCUCGGAAGAAGACUGGUCCCGGCUCUGAAGUUGAGAAGGGACAGCUACUUAAAUCCAAAAAUCCGGAUCCACCGCCUUCAGUCAUUCCUAGGACACCAUCUCUCGCGAGUGCAUUGCAUCCUCUUCACAAACAAGCAGUAACUUCACAAACCCAACCAGCUCCAUCCACCCAAUCAUCUCAACCAUCAACAACAGUGUCACUGCCACAGCAACUGCCUCAAUCACCAUCACCACCAUCACAACCACUUCCAUCAUCCUCCCUACCUGUAGCUCCCUCACAAUCAUCGUUACCACCCUCAUCAAAACCAUCUUCAUCAUCAUCACCACCACUGCCACCACUUCAACCACAACCAAUACCACAACCAUCAUCAUCACUACCACUGUCAUCAUCACCAUCCUCGCCACCCAAACAGCCAUCACCACUACCACAACCACCACCAUCAUCAUUGCCUCCUUCGUCAUCACUUCCACCAUCAACAAUACCACCAUCAACGUCACUACCCUCAUCAGAACUGCCAUCACCACCAGUGCCACCAUCAACAUCAUCAAUACCACCACCGUCAUCAUCACCAUCAUCAUUACCACCAGUACUG